AUGGAUGAAUUGUUAGUUGAUAGUGAUGGCAAUGAUGUUAAAGACCUGUUAUUGAAUAGUACAAGAAGUAUCGGUCGGGUUAAUUUCGUAGGUUUGAGCGUUGAUGAUGCUAAGAAGUAUGUAUUUUCAGACCUUGAUGUUGCCUAUGCCUUUUACAAUGCAUUUGGGAGGGUCAAUGAAUUUUCAAUUAGGAAGUUCAAGGUUGGGCGAAAUGAGAUUGAUAAGCGCAUACUUUGGCAAACAUUUGUGUGUUUGAGACAAGGAUAUCGUAUUUUUAGAGGGAUCGAUGAAACAAAUAAGAAGAGAGCUCCAAAGUCAGAGACUAGGUGUGGGUGUGUAGCACAAAUGCGAGUUCACAUAGAUGUUGGCAGGGACUGGUGGUAUACAACAUUGAUUCAAAAUGAACAUAAUCAUGAGUUAAUACCCCCAACUUUGAGCCGGAUGUUGAGAUCGCAAUGA